AAAGCAGAGUGAGGAGUGUAGUCUCUAAGAUGGCCAGGUGGCAUAUGUGUCGGAGACCUGUGGGGCUGCCGCUGUCCUGGGCAGAGGAGCCGAUAGCAUCAGGUGCACGCUCCAGCAGCAGCAUGCCUGUCUCCGGCAGCAUACCCGGAGAGCAGCAGCGUUCAGGCCUUUCAAUGAGAUUCCCGGACUGGAAAAACGGGCUGGUCAACCUGUACAACUUCUGGAAACUGGACGGCUUCAAAAACCUUCAUCGGAUCAUGGUGCAGAACUUCAACACAUUUGGACCCAUUUACAGAGAGAAAAUAGGCUAUUAUGAAAGUGUAAAUAUCAUCAAACCUGAAGAUGCUGCAACCCUGUUUAAAGCUGAAGGCCACUAUCCCAAAAGGCUAAAGGUUGAACCUUGGACAUCAUACAGAGACUACAGGAACCGUAAAUAUGGAGUUCUGCUGAAGGACGGUGCAGACUGGAGAUCAAACCGUGUGAUUCUUAAUAAGGAGGUGAUUUCCCUGAAGAUGCUGGAAAACUUUGUGCCUUUGCUGGAUGACGUGGGUCAGGAUUUUGUGGCCAGGGUUCACAAAAAGAUCAAGCGAAAUGGCCAGAACAAGUGGACCACAGACCUUUCUCAGGAACUGUUUAAAUAUGCCCUGGAGUCUGUGGGCUCAGUACUGUAUGGGGAGCGUUUGGGUUUAUUGCUGGACUACAUCGACCCUGAAGCCCAGCACUUCAUUGACUGCAUCACCCUCAUGUUCAAAACUACCUCGCCCAUGCUGUACAUACCCCCCAGUGUGCUCAGGCGCAUUGGAUCAAAGGUGUGGCGGGACCACGUGGACGCUUGGGAUGGGAUAUUCAACCAAGCGGACCGCUGCAUCCAGAACAUCUAUCGGGAAUUACGUCUGGAGACAGGAACCUCUGAGAAAUACCCAGGAGUCCUGGCUAGCCUCCUGAUGUUGGACAAGCUGUCCAUUGAAGACAUUAAGGCCAGCAUCACUGAGCUAAUGGCUGGAGGAGUAGAUACAACUUCCAUAACACUCCUAUGGACUUUGUAUGAAUUAGCCAGACACCCCAGCCUCCAGGAGGAACUGAGGUUGGAGGUGGCUGCAGCUCGAGCUGCAAGUCAGGGAGACAUGAUGGAGAUGCUGAAGCGGGUUCCUUUGAUCAAAGGGGCUAUAAAAGAAACAUUAAGGUUACAUCCUGUUGCCGUGAGUCUGCAAAGAUACAUUACAGAGGAUAUAGUGAUUCAAAACUACCACAUCCCGGCUGGGACUUUGGUCCAGUUGGGAUUGUAUGCAAUGGGAAGGGACCCUAAGGUGUUCUUUCGUCCAGAGCAGUAUCAGCCCUCCCGCUGGCUGAGGACAGAGACACACUACUUCAGAAGCUUAGGAUUCGGCUUUGGCCCUCGCCAGUGUUUAGGACGCAGAAUAGCUGAGACAGAGAUGCAGAUCUUCCUCAUCCACAUGCUUGAGAACUUCAGAGUGGAGAAACAGCGACACAUUGAAGUGCAGAGUACCUUUGAGCUUAUUCUCUUACCAGACAAACCAAUAAUACUGACUUUGAAACCACUACAAGCUAAUCCCUAGCAUCAAGCUGGAAGAUUUGUGGUGUGCGGUAAGUAAAGAUGAAUUCUGUUGCCCUGUUUCCUCCCAUUCAAUUGUAAAGGGCUUCACCAAACACCACUUUAAAAAGGUUGGAAAAUCUUCCAAAACGUCAACAGGGAGUGACAAAACAUUAGGAAAGGAAAAAAGAGCUGCAAUGGACAUCAAGGACCUCAUUGAUUGACUAUCUAAUUUAGAAAGCACUUAUAUAUACUGUACAUACUUUAUUUAGAGAUUUGACUAGCUUUAAAAGUGUAAUGUACAAUGUGUUGAAAAACUGGAAUGUACAUGCAGAUAAAAAAGAUGUAUUUAUAUAAGCUUAAUAAAGAAUAGAAAUGAUGUUAAAAUGUAAUUAUUUUGCAUUUUAUAUGAAAAUUAAGACAGUUUUGUUUAUCAAGAAUGACUGUGAAGGUUCUGACGCUUACUCCGUUUGCAAAAAACAUUUUUUUCCCCAUUAGAAUUUAUUUUGACAUGAACAAAAUAAAGGCAUGUUCCUAAAA